AUGCUGGAGCGUUUAUCCCGUCGCUCUCGCUCCCUGCUCUCCCUGACCUUGACCACUCUGGCUCUGGCCCUCUCCAUCCUGGCUCUCUGUACCUCUUACUGGUGUGAGGGCACCCACAAGGUGGUCAAGCCCCUCUGCCUGUCGCCCGUCAAAAUGAAGAACUGUGGUCAGAACAACAGCGAGCCUUACACCACAGAGAGUCCCACUCAAAACCCCUUCAACCGCACACUGUCUCCAGCCAGAAGGGACGAGCUGGCCCGGAUCAGACAGAGACAGCUGGCCAAUGCAGUUCAAUACAUCUGGGAGACGGGAGAAGACAAGUUUGCUUUUAGAUACUUCCACACUGGUUUCUGGGAAAGCUGCGAGAAACACAAUGAUGGGGAGAAAUGUCGGAGCUUUAUAGACUUAACACCUGGAGAAACACAAGGUGUGCUCUGGCUGUCAGUUAUUUCAGAGUUUACGUACAUCGGCCUGCUGGGGAUGGGCUUCUUACUGAUGUGGCUGGAAGUCUUGUGUUCCCAUAAAGAGAUGCACUCUCUAAAAAUCAAUGCGUACGCAGCGAUUUGUACCGUGUUAUCAGGUCUUCUUGGGAUGGUGGCCCAUAUGAUGUACACCACAGUAUUUCAGAUGACAGUCAUUGUAGGCCCCAAAGACUGGAGGCCUCAGUCCUGGGACUACGGCUGGUCAUUUGCUCUUGCCUGGGUGUCCUUCAGUUGCUGUAUGGGGGCCGCUGUGGUCACACUCAACUCCUACACAAAGACCAUCAUCGAGCUCCGUCGCAGACAGAGGCUCCGUUUGGAGGAAGCAAGAGCCGCCACUCACGCUCCCGCCUAUGAUGAAGUUGUUCCAGGGGGCGGGCUCUAUUCCGUCAGCGGCCUGUUGCAGUGUCCAGACGGUAUGAUUGACGUAGCGUGGGCCCCGAACGGGAGUGUAGUUGGAGUGGGCAAUGGGGACGUACCAACGCUGGUAUUAGUAGGAGGCUGCGGGCCAGAGGGGUGUGAAGACUGUGAGAGAGAGAUGGAUGAGAUGGAUGAGGCCAUGGACCGAGUCGAUUCACCUUGUUAG